AUGGAACCAACAAGUCUAAAGAUGGAAUUAUUAAGAAAAAUCACGAAGCAAUUCGCCAAGGAGCGAGUACUUGGUCAAGGUGCAUAUGGAAGAGUUUACAGGGGUGUGUGCGAUGACGGACAAGUGGUUGCUGUGAAGCUGCUCUAUAAUCUAAAGCAAACAAUUGAUGAUGAGCAAUUCAUACGUGAGUUUAAAAACCUUAUGGUGCUAAAGCAUCCGAACAUCGUAAGGUUAGUUGGCUACUGCUACGAAACACAACGUCAACAUGCGGACUUUGAAGGAACCAUUGUUUUUGCUGAAACAACACACAAAGCACUUUGCUUCGAGUAUAUGCCCGAGGGGAGCCUUCGUAAGCAUCUGUCCGAUGAAUCCAAUGGACUUGAUUGGCAAACACGUUACAAAAUUAUCAAAGGUGCAUGUGAAGGUUUAAGAUACCUUCAUGAAGAAUUGGAUUUUGGUUUGUCCAAGUUCUACGGCGAAGAACAAACCAGGAUGACACAAAGUCCCAUUGGAACUAUUGGAUACACGCCGCCGGAAUACUUAUUUGGAAGAAAGGUCUCAAAGAAGUUUGACAUAUUUAGCCUGGGUGUUGUAAUAACAAAGAUAAUUGCAGGGCCUAGCGACCACGACACACAUGAUGAAAUGCAAAAGGAGUUUCUUGAUCAAGUACAAGGAAAUUGGAUAAAAAGGUUACAGACUCCAUGGAGUUCUCCUGAGCAACUAGAAGCACAAUGCCAACAAGUGAAAAGAUGCACUGAGAUUGCAUUGAGCUGCAUGGACAUGGAUUGGCGCAGAAGGCCAAGCAUAGUGAAUAUCCUAGAUGAACUCAAUGAGACUGAAAAAUGCAUUGAAAAGGCUACUAAUUAUGAACAAGAUCCAUCACCACCAAUUGCUUCCACUUCAAGCGUUGUUCAACCUGCAGCAUCACCUCCACCAACCACACCAUUUCCACCACCAUGUAUCAUUGCCACCUUCUCAGAGGGACCGAGCUGGAGUGGUUCUGAAUAUGAAGGACAAGUCUCUAGCGACAGCCUGUCAGCUUGUCUCAGUAACCAGUGUACAACCAGUGGAGAGCCACAUCCACCUCGGGUCGACACGGCCGGCAGUACAGUGGGUCAUCUUCCCUCCGAUGGCUAUUGCGACACCCCACAAGCUGGCUACCUAGAUUGCAGGUUCUGA